GGGAGGAUCGAGAUCGAAAAACUAACGCACCGGUAUAAAAAAAGGGCAUGAAACGGAUGGUAUUACGCUCAGUCCCACAUCAGAUCCCAUACGCCCAACUUGCCUCCUCUACGAAGAUGAAAUUCGUGAUUUGCGUUGUUCUUGUGUUUGCUGCAGCGAAAGCUGUCCCCAACCCAACCUAUGUACAGUAUGGGGCUGUUCCUGUAGGCUUUCAAAGCCAAUAUCAUGCGCAAAAUGAGCUCGGCCAAUACGCUUUCGGUCAUCAAGAUCCCAACCAGGUGCGAAGCGAGACUAAGGAUGCUUUCGGUAUCGUCCGUGGAUCGUACAGUUACGCAAACCCGGAUGGAAGUAUCGUGACUAACAACUACGUCGCGGAUGAGAAUGGCUUUCGCUCUUCUUUGGCGCCAUCUAAUGGACCCCUUCUACCUCUUGUGGGAAAAGCACCUAAAUUGCCUAUCAGCCACGUCCCCAUUGCUGUUGCUGCGGCACCAGUUCCAGUAGCCACUGCACCUGUUCAUGUUGUUGCCCCCACGGCUUCGGUGAAAGUUGAGCAGCCAACGGUGGUACAGUUUGCCGGUGGCCACGUUGCUCCAGUUGCAACAGCUCCACUAGGGAUCAACCCGUACGGAUACGCCUACGCGCCUUACCCCUAUUCUUCAUACCACUAUGCGCCUCAUGUUUCGCCUUACGGACCAGUGGUAGUGCGGUCUUGGUAAAAAGCAUCGCGGGUUCUUGAAGAGACAACAUCGCAACCAUAAACAAAAUUUGAAUUUAAUCAAAUCCCUCCCAUCCCAUCCUUUACAUUUCUGACGAAAAAUUUCGGGUUGAAAUUAAAAUACACCAUCGCUUUUCAAA